AUGAAAACGCUCAUUCUGACGCACGCUUCGCAGACUUCACAUCCACUCCGCUCCUCAACCAUGUCGUCCCGUGUUGCAGGUGGUGGGCCUAUUGCCGUCAGUGGGGGUGGUAAAGAACCAAGGGACAACCGCCAGCCUUCCCGCCGCUUCCCACAAGAUGCCCCCGGGCCCUCUCCCUCCCGCCGUGCCAAAACCGUAGCCAAGAAGGCUGAGGCCUGCUGUCGUUGUCUGCGCCGCUUGUGCAACACCGGCGCCGGCAAGGCCCUGGAGUGCAAGUUCGUAACUCCCAAGGGCCUGCGAUCCAAGAAUUGUGCAUACUGCUCGGGCGCCAAACGGGGUGGCGACCUCGGCUGCGUUCCCGUCCCUCCCUCCCUCGUGUCGCGCGCCAACCGCUUGUGGAAUGCCAACCUCGCUCGCGUCCGUGGGGAGGUUAAUGCUCCCACGGUGAGCGCCAUCCAGGCCGCCGCCCUCGCCCUGUCGAACGACAUGCGCCUCGCGGGGGCUGACGUCGCGCGAAAGACCUCCGGCGGCAUCACCCGUACCCGCGCGCGUUCCGGCCGCUUCUCGGUCGCCUCCGACCAGAUACUGGUGAGCAUCUUGGACGCCAUCCGGGCAGGGGUGGACUCCUUCCGGGAGGUGAACAAGUUGGGGCCUCGCCGUUGGCCGGACGAGGACUCCGGCUCCGAGCAGGAGGAAGAGGAGGAAGAGGAAGAGGACGACGAAGAGAACGACGCUGAGGACGAGGACGAGGGGGAGUGA